UUCAGUUCAGUUGCGUUUUGUAUUCCGAACGGUGGGGUUGUUUCGCUCCGGCAACCACAUAAACAAGUAAACCCGCGUGUGAAAACUUGUGAGUAAAUUUGUGUGACUCAGUGCAUUCACGAUGGGAUGUGGAACGAGUUUUGUGAAAUAUGUGCUGUUUUUCUUCAACCUGGUGGUCGCGCUGGUCGGCCUCGCGAUCAUCGGCAUCGGCGUUGCGUUCCUUCUUAAAUGGAACACCGUGACAGACCUCCUCCACGGCAUGAACGUCGGACCAUGGCUGUUCAUCCUCAUUGGCGCCAUCAUGUUCCUCAUCGCUUUCUUCGGCUGCUGUGGAGCCAUCAGGGAGAGCCACUGCAUGGUCGUCACUUACGCGAUAUUCCUGCUGGUGAUCAUCAUUCUGCAAGUGGUGCUGGCUGUCCUACUGUUCGUGUACGGAGGCUCCUUCAAGAACGAACUCGAGCACACCAUAGACAGGAUGUACAAGACACGCAGCGACAACGAAGCUUCUGUCAAGGUCUUCGAGAGCAUCGAGAAACAGUUCCAAUGCUGCGGUGCCCACGGCAAGUCCGACUAUGGCGUACUGGCGACGCCUAAGUCCUGUUGCAACGAGAACGAAUCCAUGCUGAACUCGGACUACCUGUGCACCAGCUACAACCACGAGGGUUGUGCCGACAAACUCGGCGCGCUCUACGAGAAGUGGAACAAACCUAUCGCUGGGAUCGCCAUCGGUGUUGCUUGUGUUGAGGUUGUAGGCGCCUUGUUCGCGCUGUGUCUCGCCAAUUCCAUAAGAAACAUGGACAGAAGGUCUCGCUACUAAUAUUUUGUACAUUAAAACUGGUACGCCUAAAGAAAGCAGAUAUCAACACAAAAAAGAAACCGAGACUCCGAUAUAAUAUCGAUAUGUACAAUUUUAAGAAUUUAGUUUUCGAUAGCGCAACACCCCACCUCUUUGAAAAUAAGUAUCGACACGAUAUAUUAUUAUUAUAAAUACUUCGAUUGAAACAAGAAUUUCUUAUUUUAUUGUUUUCGUUUAUAAAAUAAAUUAUUGAAAUAUCAUAAACUACUCGGAUGAAUUUGAAAAGUUAAUUUAUUCAUAUGUGCCCAUGUGAAUGUAUCACAUUGUACACUUGAUCUGAUUUUUGCUGUUCUUUAUUCGAUAAGGUUUUAUAAAAAAAGUAUUUCUACAACGUUUUAUCUGAUAAUGCGCACAAAAGCACAGUAUAAAUGCGAUAAUUGCUUCGACAAAUCUCUUAAUGAAUCUCUGUUCAUGAUGUCAGUGGACGUGCCAUUAUAUUCUCAUACCAUUUAAUUGAAGAAAGCAUUAAGGUAAAGAGAUUUGUCGGUUUGACACCGUCCAAGGCGCGAUGGAUGAAUCAAACUAAAUUUCAAUUACCUAUAAUGAGUUAGAGAAGUUAUUAAUAUGUACUGCCUUUCAAGUCAUAACUAUAAUAUUCUCAAGUUUAAUAAUAAGUGGAUAACACUUUGUAUUUAUAAUAAAGUUUUUCAUUGGUUAGCGUAUUUGAGUACAUUCAUUAGACAUUUGAUUUUUGUGUACUGAUACUGAUGCAAUAUAACCGAAAGCAUCGUAUAUUUUCAUCACUAUGACAAAAAUGUGCCUUUUUUAAAUUUGACCGAUUUUCAAUUCGAACAUAAUGUCUGAACUUUUUUAUGUACGCGACAAAUUUAAGUUGAUUUCAGCGUAGAUACAAAAAGACUUGGUGUACCUAAUUUUUAAUUUAGUUACAAUAUUUUUUUUGUGAAACAAUUAGUAUUUCGUUAUAUUGAAUUGAAAUUCCUUGAAUUAACGUUAUUUAGAAAUUACUUAGUAAGUUAGGAUUAAGUACUGUUUAUAAUAUUAAAAUGUUACAAGAACAGAUAUUACUAGUAUUUUCAUAAUUCAAAGUUGUAAUGGUUGUAAGUACGUCCAUUUUACAAAAAAGUAAAGAUUAUAUAAUUAUAUAACAUGAUUAUGAUUAUAUCGAUUUUAUAAGUGCAUUUCUAUUAAAUGUGAUUUAUUAAGUGUUUCUCAUACUUACAUAUGUAAAUAAUUUAAUUGAUAUUAUUGUAUCUCUUUGUAUUUGGCGGGAGCAAAUGUUUGUGCAUUCCCGACGAAUCAGCUUCUAUGUGAAUGAUUUACUAUGUAUGGUGAUUAAUAAAUUUUCUACUUCUAA